CGCUAAUGAGACUGCGCAACAUCAUCAUGGGGAGUUAACGUAACGGAGUGACUGUUGAGCGGAUAUUAAUGUCAGUUUUUAUCAUUUGUGAUUUCCUCGAAUUCUAUGCACCGUAGUACUUGUUUUUGGGAGACAUGCGGCGAAGUAAGGCUGAAGUAGAUCGGUACGUGUCGUCAGUGCAGAGUUCCUCUCCUUCACUUAAAGAGAAACCAGUUAAAGGCUUUUUAUUUGCAAAAUUAUACUUUGAAGCAAAGGAAUAUGAGCUAGCCAAAAGACAUGUGUCAGAGUAUCUCAAAGUCCAGGAGAGGGAUCCAAAAGCACACAAAUUCCUUGGACAGCUCUACGAAAGAGAGGGAGACAUCAACAAGGCAGUAGGAUGUUACAAGCGGUCUGUGGACUUGAACCCAGCCCAGAGGGACCUGGUACUGAAGGUGGCUGAGUUAUUGGUCAGUAAGGAGGAGUGUGAUAGCAGAGCAGAGUUCUGGGUAGAAAAAGCUGCCAAGUUGCUUCCAGGAAACCCUGCAGUCUUCAAUCUGAAGGAGCGUUUGUUGAGUCGUCAGGGUCAGCAGGGUUGGAACCGGUUGUUUGACCUCCUUCAAGCAGAGCUGACAGCAAGGCCAUCUGAUGCCCAUGUGAACGUGAAGCUCGUGCAACUUUUUUGUCAAGAUGGUCGACUCGAUGAGGCCGUCAAGCAUUGCCUGGCAGCCGAGAGAAGAGGCAUGCUGCGCCACAGUCUGGACUGGUACACUGUGGUCGUUCACACACUGCAGGAGUAUUUGGCUCAGCCCAGCAUCUCCAGCAAUGAGAAGAUGUGUCGGCGUCUCCAGAGGGAGCUGCUGUUGGCCCACUGCAGCCUGCUAAGAAUCACACUGUCUGGAAGCAGUGUGCAGUCGAGCCUUGACGCCCUGAAAAAUUUUGACCAAGCUAUGCAUACACUGAGCAGCGUUGCAGGUCGCCACACAGAUGACUUGUGUGAAGUGUUUGUGGAGAUGAGGGGUCACCUCUACCUGCAUGCCGCCACGCUGCUGUUGAAGUUGGCUCAGGAUCGCCAACAAACCUGGAGGGCCGUUGUUGACCUGACAGCGCUGUGCUACCUGCUGGCAUACCAGGCCCCAAGACCAAAGGCUAAAAUAACCAAAAGAGACCAAACAGCCCCACAGCUUCUGGAGCUGCUGGCCAACGACAGGCAGAGUCAGGCUGGCCACAUGCUGCUCAAUCUCAGCACGGACACAUCCACGUUGAUUCGUGAGGUGGUGGAAGCAUUUGGGAAUCGUAGUGGACAGGAUUCUCUGUUUGAACUCCUGUUUGGACCACAGGCUUCUACGGGAUCUUCCUUUAUCGCAAAUGAUGACAUCCGUUCCAUUAACGCCAUGGCUCCGGACUUGUCUCAGCUCGCCAAGUGUGAUGCUGGCUCCAUCCUGCUGCACAGUGGUGACCUACAGCAUCUGAGCUGGUUGGGUCUGCAGUGGACCCUUCUGGCCCAAAGACCAGCCAUGCGGGACUGGCUACAGCAGCUCUUUCCUCGGCUUACCCUGGAAACUUCUAAAUUAGACACAAAUGCACCAGAGUCCAUCUGCUUGCUUGACUUGGAGGUGUUUGUACACGGUGUGGUUUUCUGUAGCCAUUGUCAGCUCCAGGAGACGGCGAAAAUCAGCAGUGGAGUGAACCAGCAGCAACAGCAGCUGUAUGAGCCUCGCUGUCUUCCUCUUCCUCUCCUUCGUCUUUUGACCACUGAAAGGCAGAGGGAGUGGUGGGAUGCCAUCUACAGUCUCAUUCACAAACGAACUGCGCCCGGCAUGUCGGCCAAACUGCGAAUGAUUGUACAACAUGGACUGAACACUCUGAGGGCUGGAGAGAAACAUGGACUCCAACCAGCCCUCGCCAUCCACUGGGCCCAAAGUCUCAGCCAGACGGGUGAUGGAGUAAACUCAUACUACGACCAGAAGGAGUACAUCGGCCGCAGUGUCCACUACUGGAAGGUUGUCCUCCCACUUUUGGACAGAAUCAAAAACAGACGCAGCAUACCUGAACCCCUCGACCCCCUCUUCAUACACUUUCCUUCCAAAGAUAUUCAGAUCUCAUCAGUGAAGGGCUAUGAAGAGGAAGCCAAAAUAGCAUAUGCAGUGCUCCUUGACAUUGAAGGCAAGACAGAGGAAGCCAUCGCCACCUUGGAAACCAUCCAUAACAUGUCAUCCAUCUGGCAUUUGGCUCAGAUUUAUCAGCGGUUGUCAGAGGAGGCCACCAAUGGGGUUGAGGAGACGCAAGACAGAUGCAUUACUUUUCUGAGGAAGUUCAGGACUUACUUGUCCAAGAUCUACAGUGCUAAUGCAGACGACAUUGACAAACUGCCAGUGUCUAUGGAGGAAGUCGUGGACCUCCUCAAUGAUGUAAACCAGCAGCUCGGGGAGAGCGGGGAAGCCAUGGAUGAAGAGGAGGAGAAGGAAGACGAGGGUCGAGGAGGACCAACCCACUCAAGUCCUGCUCAUCCCACAGACAUCUCUGCCACCAUAUCUCACAUAAAGUUUACCUCGCCCUCUCCUAACAAAAGCAUCGUAUCUCCAUCCAAAAGACACCUGAUUUCUCCUAAGACGCCACCUCAUUGGGUGGAGGACCAGAAAAGUCUACUGCAGAUGUUGUGUCAACAAGUUGAAGCUCUCAAGAAUGAAGUUCAUGAUCUGCGGCACAACUCUUCAGCCAACGCAGGCUCCCCUCAUCACAAGAUGUACGGGGAGAGUUAUGGAGCUGAGGGUCUUCAGGAGCCUUUUACACCGGUCCAGUCCUACCACGGGGCCCCCCUAACAGUUGCCACCACAGGCCCUUCUGUCUAUUACAACCAGUCUCCUGCUUACAACUCUCAGUAUCUCUUGCGUACAGCAGCAAAUGUAACCCCCACCAAGGGUCCCAUGUACAGUAUGAACCGUAUGCCACCUCAGCAGCAUAUGUAUGCAUACCAGCAGCCCACUCAUACACCACCACUGCAAACAGCCCCCGCCUGCAUUUACCCUCCUCAAGAACAAGUCUUUGGUGGCCCUCUUCGGUUUGAAUCACCAGCCACUAGUCUUCUAUCCCCAUACAGUGAAGAAUAUUACAGUCAAAGUGUCACACAGCAAACCACUAAUCCUUCCUUACCCGAACCUGGCUACUUCACCAAACCAUCUGUAGUUCCUGUUCAGCCACCAAAGAGCAUAGAGGGGAAGCCUGUGGACUUCGGAAAGCUCUCCUUCAGUCAACAGGCACCUGCUGAAGUCCCUAAAGUGCCUAGUUUUGGAGCAGGGACAGUUCCCCAGUCUACACCUUCAGCUGCUUUUAAGUUCAACUCAAACUUUAAAUCUAAUGAUGGAGACUUUACCUUCUCUUCAUCUCAGACCAAACACAGCGAAAGUCUGCUCGGUCUUCUUACUUCAGACAUUCCCAUUAAAACAGACGCUGUUCCAGAGAAGCCUCCAGCACAGGAGCAGCCCCCUACUCAAACAGGCAUCUUCACCUUUGGUAAUAAAAACACUACUGGCUUCUCUUUUGCUGAUUCAGCUCAAAGCACAAGCACUGGAGGUCUGUUUGGAAAUGUAGAGCAGCCUUUUAAAUUUGGGGAUGUUACCAAGCCUGUGUUUGGAGUGGCCAAGCUGGCAGCUGAAGAAGAAAAGGCACCAGAGAGUGACAAUGACAGUACUCAUGCCGAAGAGGAUGAGGACGGUCCUCAUUUUGAACCUAUUGUACCACUUCCUGAUAAAGUAGAUGUAAAAACAGGUGAGGAAGAGGAGGAGGAGAUGUUUUGCAAUAGGGCAAAGCUGUAUCGGUUUGAUGCAGAGACAAAAGAGUGGAAGGAGCGAGGCAUCGGUAAUGUUAAAAUCCUAAAACACAGCACGAAAGGAAAGGUCCGGCUCUUAAUGAGAAGAGAACAGGUACUUAAGAUCUGUGCCAAUCAUUACAUCACUACUGAUAUGCUACUGAAACCGAAUUCUGGCUCUGACAAAUCCUGGGUGUGGAAUGCUAUUGAUUAUGCAGAUGAAGAGCCUAAGCCAGAGCAGCUGGCCAUUCGCUUCAAAACUGUAGAUGAGGCAUCACUCUUCAAAGCCAAAUUUGAGGAAGCUCAGAAAAUUUUGUUCAAAUUAGAUGACAAGCAUGACCAACAGGACAAGAAAGAUGAAGGCCUAAAGGCGUCUGAACCGCUGGCAUCACUGGCAGCUCAGUUUGCACUGAAAGAAGGGGAAUGGGAGUGCAGCGUUUGCUGUAUAAGAAAUAAACCCACAAGUACACAGUGUGUUGCUUGUCAAACUGCAAAUCCCAAUUCCUCAUCAAAACCAGACACUCAGGCUCCUGUUGAAACCAAAAGCAGUCCCUUUACUUUCAAAUUUGGCACUGAUGCAUCAAAAUCCAGUAGUUCAGGUCCUACUUUUACUGGAUUUGGUGCAUUCGGAGCUUCUAUACCAUCUUCAUUUACAUUUGGUACAAGCUCUUCAAAACCAGCAGACACUGCAACCAGUGCGUUUGGUUCUGGCUUUGGAGCUCAGUUUGGCAAGAAGCCAGAGCAGUGGAGCUGUGGCACGUGUUCUGUGAAAAAUGAUGCCUCUGCUGACAGUUGUGUUUCUUGUAAGACACAGAAAGUCUCAACUGAAACAGCUGCCACAGCACCAACACCACCACCUGUAGUGAAACCUUCAGUUUCUGUUGCCGACUCUGACUUCAGUGCACAGUUCAGCAAAAAGCCUGGACAGUGGGACUGUAAUACAUGUGACGUAAGAAAUGAAGCUUCCUCUGCCAGAUGUGUUGCAUGUGGAACUCCCAGUCCUGCUUCUAAAUCAACUGAGGGGGCCUCAGUGACAUCAAAUCUGCAAACAGUGUCUGGAUUUGGGGCUGAUUUUGCAAAGAAGGAUGGACAGUGGGACUGCAAUAGUUGCCUUGUCAGAAACAACGCAUCAGCCACUGAAUGCGUUUCCUGUCAUACCCCCAACAGCAACCCCUCUUUAGAAGCCAUGUUUUCCAAAAAGGAUGGAGAAUGGGAUUGUGACACAUGUCUACUGAGAAAUGAUGCAACAGCCAUAAAGUGUGUGGCCUGUCAGAGUCCAAAUCCCAAUGCAAAAAGCACAACCAGCACUGCUGCUCCCUCAGCCUCUAACUUCAGCUUUACUUUUGGAUCAAAGACAUCAUCAAGCCAGCCUACCGGAACUGGAUUUACAAUGCCUUUUGGAGCAUCCGGCGCUUUCCAGUUUGGUCAAAGCAAAGAGAAAAGCUCUGUUUCUUCCUUUAAGUUUGAACCUUCUGAGUCUGGAUCUAGUACUACAACUACUUCAGGCUUUUCUUUCUCUAUGCCUAUUCCAGCUGGAGGCUUCAAGUUUGGCAUUCAAGACACUGAAAAAGACACUCCCUCAACUGAUAGCCCAACACCUCCAUCAGGGUCAGCCUCCAGUUUUCUGAAAAGCAUAGCUGACAAACACAAAGAAAAAGAAAAUGUUAUAACACCCACAGAGAGUGAAACAGAGAAAGAUCAAAAUCCAUUAAUCAGUGGAAAAGCAAAUACAUUCAGUUUUGCAGAUCUGGCAAAGACCUCUGGAGAUUUCCAGUUUGGUGCUAAUGACCCUGAUUUCAAAGGUUUCUCUGGGGCUGGUGACCAGUUGUUCUCAUCAUUCCAGUCAACUCCCACCAAAGCAGAAGCCACAAAUGAAGCGGAGGAUGACGGCAUGUAUAAAACGGAGGAAAAUGAUGAUAUCCAGUUUGAACCAGUUGUCCAGAUGCCCGAAAAGGUUGACCUGGUGACAGGGGAGGAGGACGAACAGGUUCUGUACUCUCAGCGUGUUAAACUGUUCAGAUUUGACUCCAGCACCAGUCAGUGGAAAGAGCGGGGUGUAGGAAUCCUUAAGUUUCUCAAAAACAAUGCUAACGGGAGGCUGAGAGUGCUCAUGAGAAGAGAACAAGUACUUAAGGUUUGCGCCAACCACUGGAUCACAACCACCAUGAAUCUUAAGCCUCUUGCGGGCUCUGACAAGGCAUGGAUUUGGAUGGCUAAUGAUUUUUCUGACGGAGAUGCCAAGCUCGAGCAGCUGGCAGCCAAGUUUAAAACCCCAGAGCUUGCUGAGGAGUUUAAGGUGAAGUUUGAAGAGUGCCAGAGACUUCUCCUCGACAUCCCUCUUCAAACCCCACAUAAGCUCGUCGACACAGGCAGAACAGCACAUCUGAUUCAGAAAGCAGAAGAAAUGAAGUCUGGUUUAAAAGACCUGAAAUUCUUUUUGACAGAUGAGAAAACUAAGCUCAAAGAUGACGACAGUAAGGGAGACAUUACAGCGUCUAGUGAUGUUUCAAGUCUUGUAAUCAAGCAACAUGCUGAAACCACAGGCCCCACCUUAGAGUGGGAUAACUAUGACCUAAGAGAAGAGGCUUUAGAUGAUACUGCUGACACAUCAGUCUAUGCCUCUCCCAUUGCCAGCAGCCCCUUGAGAAAGAACCUCUUCCGCUUUGGGGAAUCCACUGGUGGUUUCAGCUUCAGCUUCCAACCUGGCAUUAGUCCUGCAAAGUCUCCUGCUAAGCUUAACCAAAGCAGAGCUUCAGUGGGUACCGAUGAUGAGCAGGAUGUAACUCAGGAUGAAGAGCGGGAUGGCCAGUACUUUGAACCUGUGGUCCCGCUGCCUGACCUAGUUGAGACUUCCACAGGAGAGGAAAAUGAGCAGGUGGUCUUUAGUCAUAGAGCUAAACUGUAUCGCUAUGACAAGGAAGUGAGCCAGUGGAAGGAGAGGGGUAUUGGAGACCUCAAAAUCUUGCAGAAUUAUGACACAAAACGUGUACGAUUAAUUAUGAGGAGAGACCAGGUACUUAAGAUCUGUGCCAACCACUGGAUCACCACAGCCAUGAAGCUGGAGCCUAUGAAGGGUGCUGAGAAGGCCUGGGUGUGGAGUGCCCUGGACUUUGCUGAAGGAAGUGAGGGUAACAUUGAGCAGCUGGCUGUGAGGUUCAAGCUCCAGGACACUGCAAACACAUUCAAACAAGUCUUUGAAGAGGCAAAGGAAGCACAAGGAAAAGAGGAACUGAUGACUCCUGUAGCUGAGAGGGUUGCCACAUCUCCAGACAGUGGACCUUCAGCAUCUGCAAAGACUUCUACUGCAGUUUGUGGGAAGGCAGCCAUCGCUGUUCUGGAGGAGACCACCAAGGAACGUACAGACCUUUCCCCAGCCAGCAAAACAUCUCUAGCUGGGUCUCAGAGUCCUGUGAACCCGUCCAAGACAGUAGUGUCGCCACCCAAGUUCGUCUUUGGCACCGACAGCCUUCAGAAGAUUUUUGGCACUCAUAAAUCGCAGUCUGGCACAGAGAGUUCUCCCUCCACCUUCAAAGCCAAAGAUUCUGGACAUCCUGCUGUAGCUUCACCUACAAUGCCUGCUUUCAAAAUACCAGAGAAAGUAUCGCCUGGGGCAGAAGGUGGCAGCACAGGGUCAGAUGAGGACUCUGACGUGGAGAUCGUGUACGUCAGGGAACCCACUGCAGAGCAGGCUGCUUUAGCAAGGAAACUCCUGCUGCCUCUCACCUUCUUCUGCUACCAGAAUGAACCAGGCUAUGUCAGCGAUGAUGCACCUGAUGAUGAGGACUAUGAGUUAGCAGUGAAAGCUUUAAAUGGAAAGCUCUACCCUGAUCCUCCUCAGAAAAAGGCUGCAGCAUGUGGUGAUGAGUCAGACUGCCAAGUGGUGUGGGAGAAGAAGCCAACACCAGAGGAGGAGGAGAAGGCCAAAAGCCUCCAGCUGCCUCCCACCUUUUUCUGUGGCUUGAGCACCACAGACAGCGACACAGACCACGACAAGUGUGAGGACUUUGAGACAGAAGUCCGCAAAGCACAGAAAGAUCUGGAUUCUCAGUUGAAUGAAGCGUCCUGCAGCGAAGCUGAAGCCUCAGAAGAGCCAGUGGUAGAGCCAGCAUUAGACCCGGCUCCCAGCAGCUCAGAGGCCCCGGUCAGCUCAUCUGCACCAGAAGAGCAGACCCCAGACCAGACAACAGAAACCCAGAGCCAGACUGUAAGCAGCAGCAGCAGCACUCCUAUUGACCUGUCGACUAAGAAGAGCCCAGAACCAGAGGCCAACACUGGGACUGUAACUUCAACUAGUCAAGACACCUUUGGAUUCAACACAUUAGGAGGCUUCUCUUUUGCUGACUUGGCCAAAAACACAGAGGGAUUUGCAUUUGGAUCGAAAGAUUCCAACUUUUCAUGGGCAAAUGCAGGAGCAACUGUAUUUGGAUCUGCUGUAUCCAAAAACAAUGGUGAUGAGGAAGGAAGUGAUGAAGAGGACGCAGCUAAUAACGUAGACAUUCACUUUGAGCCAAUUGUUUCACUACCAGAGGUGGAAACAAAGUCUGGAGAGGAAGAUGAGGAAAUCCUGUUCAAAGAGCGCACCAAACUGUACCGAUGGGACCGAGACCUGGGCCAGUGGAAGGAACGAGGCAUCGGUGACAUCAAGAUCCUCUUCCAUCCAACCAAGCGCUUCUACCGGAUCCUGAUGAGAAGAGAGCAGGUUCUGAGGGUUUGUGCCAACCACACAAUCACACAGGUGAUGGAACUAAAACCCAUGAACGCCUCGGCUAACGCUCUGGUCUGGACCGCCACUGACUACUCAGAUGGCGAUGGUGUAGUGGAGCAGCUGGCAGCUAAGUUCAAAACCCCUGAGAUAGCAGAAUCCUUCAAGAAAACCUUCUGCGAAUGUCAGAGCCGUCUAGGCCAAAGUGGCGACGAUCCCUCGUGUAUAACCUCACCACAGAUGUCCAGAGUUCAAGAGCACUCCAGAGACUCUAACCCACUGGUGUUCCUCAAAGUGGAAGCCAACAGCGAACCACUUGGCACCAUCACCAUCGAGCUUUUCUCUCAUAUCGUCCCCAAAACUGCCGAGAACUUCAGGGCUCUCUGCACCGGCGAGAAAGGCUUCGGCCUGCGGGACUCCAUCUUCCACAGGGUCAUACCUGAUUUCAUGUGUCAGGGCGGUGACAUAACUAAGAGCGACGGCACGGGAGGCAAAUCGAUCUACGGCGCCAAGUUCGAAGAUGAGAACUUUGAUGUGCGUCACACGGGCCCGGGUAUUUUGUCGAUGGCCAACCGUGGGCGCGACACCAACAACUCGCAGUUCUUCAUCACCUUAAAGAAAGCGGAACACCUGGACUUCAAACACGUGGCCUUUGGCUGGGUCCGAGAGGGCAUGGACGUGGUGCAAAAGAUGGGAGAGCUGGGCACAAAGGGAGGCGCACCGGAAAAGAAACUAGUCAUAACAGACUGUGGUCAACUCUAGCUCUUUAAACGCUGACAUCCGAACGCACAGCUAGGGUUAGGUUAUAAUGUCAAGGUUAUUUAAGAGAUAAAAAAAAAAAAAAACACUUUGGAUAAUGAUGUUUUUUCCCUGUGUAGUGCAAACCCUCCAAAAAAAACUGAAUCCAUAGUCAUUAAGCUUCCUGAAAUUUAGCACAGACCGUCACACACCUGGUCCACACCCCCGAUAAGAUAAACCUGACUCCAGAAGCGUAGAAUUCACUACUAUUUUUGCGAACAUAUGCAGUCUCAAACCAGAAAUUCAGUGUAGGAAGCAGGAGUAUGCCUUUGGAGCAAAUAUCAUGUAAUUGCGCUCUUGUUGCACUUGCAUCUUUAUCAUCGUCUGUUAAUAAUUUCUCUUAAAAUGUGUUUAUUUUGUGUGUAUAAUUGUACAUGGACUUCUUUUUUUUUUAAUGUCUGUAUUUUUGUUCAUUUCUCUAGCAUGUCCUCAGUUGAAUGUGCUGAUUCUCUUUCUACGCUCCACUUGGGUAUUCCUUCUCUUUUUGAAUAAGUCUUAAUUGAAAAGUGAGGUUGUCCUUGAAAAGCACCUGUUAACCAUAUCCACAUCUUCAAUUUGUGCCUGAGUGUACCUUUUACUCUAGGUGUGCCCUGGUCGGUUUGCUUUGUGUAACUGGAUUUCACCGUGUUCUGAAGAUAAUUGGACUUCCAUUUGCUCACAUUAACUUGAGUCAUCUCACUGUUUUGACCAGUGGUUUGGGUUUUCCAAGACCCAUUCCUGUUUAAGACGAUCACAAUUACAAUUGAAAUGGUGCUUGUUGUACCAAAAUAAAUGCUGAUAAAGGUUAAAUAAAAUUGCUUUACAAGUAA